AAGUGUGAGCUCUGGAAAUAUAACCCUGGUUGUGAUUCCCCCUGCAGCAAUAGGCAAUGCCUUUGCAGUCCUGAGCAACCCUGAGAAGCGUCUGCGGUACGACGAGUUCGGCAGCGACCAGGAGCAGGUCAGCACGGGCCAGGCCAGGCACUAUGACUACUACACAGAGUUCGAAGCAGACAUCACACCAGAAGAAAUAUUCAAUGUGUUUUUUGGUGGGCACUUCCCUACAGGAAAUAUCCAUAUGUUCUCCAAUGUAACCAGAGAUCCACACUAUUACCCACGGAGGCACCGUCCGGAGAGGGCAUGGACACACGAGCCAGAGGAGGAGGAAAACAGGCCACAGAAUUCCUAUUCUGCAUUCCUUCAGCUGAUGCCAGUGUUCAUCAUCAUCAUCGUGUCCGUGGUCACCCAGCUGAUGGCUACCAACCCCCCCUACAGCUUGUUCUACAAAUCGUCCAUAGGCCACGUCAUCAGCAGAGAGACAGAGAACUUGCAGGUGCCUUACUACGUCGAUAAGAACUUUGAGAAGAACUACCAAGGAGCAGAGCUUCAAGAGCUGGAGAAAACAGUUGAAAAGGAUUACAUAGACUACAUUCAGAGCAGCUGCUGGAAGGAGAAACAGCAGAAGUCUGACCUGUCAAACCUGGCCAAGCUGUACAGAGAUGAGCGGUUGAAACAGAAGGCAGAGUCCCUGAAACUUGAGCACUGUGAGAAGCUCUCCAGUCUGAUUGGGAUGCACAAAGGGGGCUGACCAGGACACACACCUCCCGUAGUUUUAUUUAUUGCUGGUUUAACUUAGGGUUUUAUUUUCCUUUGUAUGAAAAGGGAAGGAGUUUCUUGUAAAGAAGACUGGAUAUUGGAGGCCUUCUGCACAGAGUGCAGAGCUGGGCCAGCACGGGCUGCAGGGCUGGUGUGUGCUGUAAUAUAUCCUGUGCA